UGGACCUUCUCGCCCAUGAGAAUUGACCUUUAUACCACUCGUGCUGAAAGGGCGACUUUGGCCUCCGUUUUUCGUCGAUAUUGAAUAAAAAAUAAAAUAACAACAAUGGGAACCGUGAUAGGAGUGAUCAAAGGGAUUUACUACGACCCCUUCAAAUGGUCGAUUGUUAAGAGCAUCGGAGUCUUCGCGGUGGGUGUCUCCAUCGCCCUGGAAUGUCGAGGGGUAGAUUUCAUGCAGCCAAUCUCCCCGUAGUCAUCUGAAAUCAUUCCUGAAACUGAACUGCUACACAUUCACCCGAAAAAUAUGUAAACAAAUUACAGAAAAAAAAUCUACAAGCGUUUGAAACCAUCAACUUUCUUUUUUAUCUCUCAUUUUGUUAAUAUUUCAUUUAUUUUGUAUAGAAAAAAAUAUAUGUCUCGUCAGAAGCUCACGAAAUUAUGAAAUCAAUUGUUGAAUCUGAAAACAAAUAAAAACCUUUCUGAAAAAUAAAAGUUAUUGGACUAAAAAUGUUGUAGUUUGCAGUUUGAUUAAAUUUGAUAAAAAUCUGAUAAACAAUGAUUGUUUGGAGCUGAUCAGCUGAUGUCACUCUAACCUAUUAGUGUCCACAGAUGUCAACGCUUCGAGAACAGUGGCAGAAAAUUGUAAAUUGUAAAUAAAUAAAUAACUUUAUAACCUCGAUAUUGCAAUAAUUGUCGGUGAUUCUUGAUAAAAAUAAAGUGAAGUUCUCCUUCAAGUGGCUCAAGUCAAUAGUUUGACAGUUAACAUAACCAAAAAGUCAAAAUAAAUAUUAUUCCUAAACCUCAAAAAAUUGAUGUUUGAAUAAUGAAGCCUGCCAGGCAGAGCCUGGAAAAAAUCGCUGCUUUUCAAAAGCUCUAGAACACAUCUUCAAAAACCUGAUCAUUUAAUUCGAAAUAAUGGCAUCGUUCUCCCACCCGAUGACCUCCCGUCCGCUGAUGAUCAGCAUCUCUCUGUUUUUCGCGUUGUUCAUCCUCUCGAUGAUCACGUACCAGAUCCUGACGCUGACACACUCUUCGUCCGAACAAAUCUACCAGCGUCUGGUCCUGGGGGACCUCUCGACAAUACCCACAGUCUCCCUGACCCCCACAUCCCCUAGGACAACCACCACGAACGUCACCUGCACCCACUUCACGUGCUUCAACAUCUACCGAUGUGGUUUCCGGGGGAACAAGCUCCUGGUGUACGUCUACCCUCCGAAGACCUUCCAGGACUCGUCAGGCAGAUUAGCCCCCCAGAUGUCCAAGGAAUACUACGAGUACCUCUCGGCGAUAAUCGCAAGCCCCUUCUACACGCCGAACCCUAAAGAGGCUUGUCUAUUCGUUCCUUCGCUGGACACUCUGAACCAGAAUCGACUGGACCUGACGACGACGUCGCAAUCGUUGAAGUCUCUGGAGUUCUGGAAUAAUGGAGAGAAUCACCUGAUUCUGAACAUGGUACCAGGGGGUCUUCCUGACUACAACACUACCCUGGACGUACCGGUGGACCGGGCGAUUCUUGCCACGGGAGGUCCAUCCUCCCUGACAUACAGGAACAACUUUGACGUGAGUGUUCCUGUAUUCAGUCCAGCGGCAGCCGCACUCCGGCAGAAGUCGCCGGAGAGACGAAAACACCUGGUGGUCUCCUCCCAAAUGAACAUCAACGCAGCAUUCGAACAGGAUCUCAUGGAGAUCGCGGCGAUCAAUAAGGAUCUGCUGAUCCUGGGGGCUUGCCUCCAUCACAAUCCGAUGACUGCGGCGAUUAGGUGUCUGGGGGAGAAGGUCUACAAAUACCCGGAUAUCCUGCAGACGUCGAAUUUCUGUCUGGUUAUCAGGGGUGCUAGACUGGGGCAGAGUGUGCUAAUGGAUGCACUAGCGUCGGGGUGUAUUCCGGUUAUUGUCGCGGAUUCCGUGGUGAUGCCGUUUGCUGAGGUAAUCGACUGGAGGCGCGCCGCCGUUUUCAUCCGCGAGGUAGACAUGCGGAUGUUAAUAUCGACCCUCAAGGCGAUCUCCCCGAAGCGCGUCGAGGAAUUGCGCCGUCAAUGCAACUGGCUGUGGAAGACGUACUUCAAGUCCAUGGAAAAGAUCACCUCAACCCUUCUCGAGAUCCUCUCCGACCGCGUAUUUCCUCACCUCGCCAGGGACUACAACCACUGGAACGUGCCGGAAGUCAGCAAGACUCCCCUGUUUCUGCCAAUAACAGCCCCGAAGACUCACGGCUUCACAGCUGUGAUCCUCACGUAUGACAGAGUGGAACUAUUGUUCUCUCUCAUCAAUAAAAUCGUCCAGGUGCCAAGCCUGGCGAAGGUCCUCGUCAUCUGGAACAAUCAGAGAAAGGAGCCACCUCCUUCCUCCAGGUGGCCCAAACUCAGCAAGCCCCUGCAGGUAAUCAAAACCAAGGAGAAUAAGCUCUCCAACAGAUUCUACCCUUACGAAGAGAUCGAGACAGAAGCCAUUCUCUCUAUCGACGAUGACAUCAUCAUGCUGACAUCAGACGAAGUGGAGUUUGCCUACGAGGUCUGGAGGGAAUUCCCGGACAGGAUAGUUGGCUUUCCAUCGAGAACGCACACCUGGGACAACACUACCAAUCUCUGGAAAUACGAGAGCGAAUGGACCAACAGGAUAUCUAUGGUUCUCACUGGGGCAGCCUUUCACCACAAGUACUGGAGCUACCUCUACACUACGUCGAUGCCAGGGGGCAUCAAGUCCUGGGUCGAUGAGCACAUGAACUGCGAAGAUAUCGCUAUGAACUUUCUUGUGGCCAAUGUCACGGGAAAGGCACCCAUCAAGGUCACCCCGAAGAAGAAAUUCCGGUGCCCUGAGUGCACCAACACUGAGAUGCUCUCCGCUGAUCUGGCUCACAUGGCGGAGAGGACUCAGUGCAUCAACACCUUCAGCAGAAUCUACCGUUCCAUGCCUCUUAAGUCUGUCGAGUUUAGGGCCGAUCCGGUUCUGUUCAAGGAUGUCUUCCCGGAGAAGCUCAAGAGGUUCAAUGGAAUCGGGAGUUUGUAGUUUUUUCAACGAAUCGAAUUCAGUAGAUAAUUAUAUUGGAUUUCUAUUUGUAAAUAGGAUAUAUUUUUAUUUAACUUAUUCUACGGACAUUGUUAAUUUUCAAUUGUUUUGUGAUGGAAAUUCUGCGACAACUGUAUGAAAAAAAUGAUUCACCCGGAAAGAUAAAACUCUAAGAACUUUCAAUAAAAAAUAUUCAAUAGAAA